UCUGGCAUUCAGAUAACACUACCAUUCUCAUUGGUGUUUUCGCACCUGCUUCUGCCUGUAUUUGCUCGCAUCAUUCGCAAAACACAUUAACGAGGAAUUACAACUUAGCAGUAGUUUAGCAAAAUAGCUUUCUUUUUGGAUGAUUUUUAAAAAGCCAUUUCACGUACCAAACGUAACCAAAUAAUCAUAACAAUUUCCGUUCGUUCACCGAUCGACCGAAAAGUUGUUUAAAAACAUGCGAUGAUGGUAACGUGUUUAUCUCUCCGCAAAUAUGACGUAUAAUUUAAUUGUGUUUUAAACUUCGAUGGCGAUCGAAGUCGUUUUCAAUUUAUAACAGUACGAGUCCGUGAAUUUCUCGUAACUUUUACGAUCUAAAAAUGGUUGAAAAGAAACACACGACCGAAGAACUGCUCGAAAUACUUAAGGAUUAUCACAUAAAAAGCGACGAAGAAAGUCUUUUUGGUAGCGAUGAUGAUCUGAAUUCUGGUAGUGAGAAUGAAUUGCAGUCUUCCGACGAUAACACCGCCUCGUCGGAAGAAGAAGAACCAGUCCACUCGGAAUACUUGAAAAAAUGUUUGUUACCAAACGCGAACGAGUCCGAAGCACAAUGGACACAGAAUGUCGUGAAACGAGAAAAAGUAUCAUUUACAGGCAAAUCUGGUAUUCAGAUACAACUACCACCGAAUAUCACGCCGAUAGCAUUGUUCGAGCACUUGUUCGAUCGCGAUGUAAUUAUGCUAAUGGUCUUGGAAACGAACAAAUACGCGCAACAAUAUAUUAAUAAGCAUCAUCUGUCACAACAUGCCAGAAUGAAGACAUGGAAAGAAGUAACAGAAAACGAAAUGAAAAAAUUCAUUGGAAUUAUAUUAUUAACCGGGCUUAUUAAACUUCCCAAGAUAGAGGAUUAUUGGAAAAAGGAUCCACUGUUCUUCCAUCCACUUUUCCAUCAUAUUCAAAUGUCAUACAAUCGAUUUUCGUUGAUCCUAAAAAACUGGCAGUUCUGCGAUAACAAGGAAGCAACAUCUGGAAAUAAAUUAUACAAAGUCUCCAAAAUUAUGGAAAUGCUCUUGUCGAAUAUUCAAAAGUUGUAUAUUCCCGGUGAAGAAGUAUCCAUCGACGAAAGCAUAAUUUCCCAUAGUACUCAACUCACCUUACACCAGUUUAAUUCUGUCAAAUGCCACAGAUGUGGAAUUAAGAUAUACAAAUUGUGCGACAUGAGUGGUUACGUUUGGAAUAUGUGUGUUUAUAGUAGUCUAAGUAAAAAUAAAAGGCCAGAUUUGAACUACUCCGGAACAGUUGUUGUUGAUUUGGGGGAACCGCUUCUUAAUUGUGGCAGAUUAUUUGUAACGGACAACCGUUAUAGUAGCAUAGAGUUAGCGAGUUACUUGAAAGCAAGAAACACAGAGUUCUGUGGCAUUCUAAAAAGCGACAAACGAAAUUUCCCAGAAAGUUUAAAAACGAUAAAGCUGAAACGAGGCGAAAUGAAAUCGAUGUCAAAUUCGGAAGGAAUUCGCAUUUUUAAAUAUCAAGACAAAAAAGAAAUCUUUAUGAUAUCGACGUUUCAUGGAAAUAAAAUGAAAACAAUGACGAAGUCGAAACAAUCGGGAGAAACGGUAACGAAGCCGAGCGUUAUCGUAGAUUGUAACAGACUAAAAAGUAGCAUUCGUUUGUCAAAUCAAAUGAUUAAAUAUUAUUCGCUGGCAAGGAAAAGUAUCAAGUGGUACAGGAAAAUAUUAUUCCAGAUUUCACGAAAGAGAUUUCGGCUUCGUUACUUGGGAAUUUCAGUACAUCGGACAGACAGUACUUAAAUCAACGCGUCGGAGGUGUCCACGAAUUAACGAAUAUACCGAGGAAAGAGUCUGGAAAGAUUGUACGGAAAAGAUGCGUUUCCUGUUACGCUAACAUAGCAAAUUCACAGAACAUUGAAAUAGCUAGAAAAAGAGCCAAGAAAGUAAGCACGGAAUGUUUACAAUGUAGUAAAGCUUAUUGUCUCUCUUGUUUUAACUCUAAACAUAAAUCGUCGAGUUAAAAAUGUUUACUUUCCGUGGACACGAUCCGAGAUGCUCCGUCACGCUUUACGUUUUUAUAAUUUUGUUCUUUUUAACAUCGGUA